GGCAACGGCCGCGUCCGCAGCGACCGGCGGCAGCGGCGGCGGCUGGAAAAUGCGGCAGUGACUCUCAAGCAAUUUUCCUUUUGCUUCUCCUGAAGGAGAAGUGGGUCCUGAGCAGGAUGCAGCAGCCAGUGGCUGGUGACAGGAGCACGGUGGUUCCCUCGCAGCAUUCACUGAAGCCCAGCCUCGCUGCUGACUUACACUGUGCACACCGUCUCAUCGAGGAUCCCGAGUGGUCCCUCACCACUGUCCCCUGCCUCACCGAGCUCUGCCUCCAGCACAUCGCUCACAAUUUCGAAAAGAACCCUAUUUUGGAUCGUCUGUUGCCUGAACACCAAAGGAAAGUACUAGACAGGCUCCCCACUGGCCUUCCACUCGCUAUCACUGCCAACCUAAUAAGCGAUGAGGACUACUGGAAGAGGUGCUGCACCAAGCGCUGGCAAGUGUGUGACAUCUCCAGCUACGGAGGCAGCUGGAAAAGGAUGUUCCUUGAACGUCACCUGGAGAACACCCUGAAAUGUUUCAUCCCCAACACCACGGACCCCAACCAGGUCCUAGAGCUCAUCCCGCUCUGCAAAAACUAUGUGCGGAAACUGGAGGUUGACCAGUUCCUGCCACCAUUGGAAGUGGAUCAAAAUGAGAAGAGGGAUGACCUCUCUAAGUCAGAGAGUGAUAUGGAAUUCAGUGAGGCCUCCGUGCAUCACUACGACCUGAGAGUCCUCGUUACUGCUCUCCCUCACCUUGAAGAGCUUCAUCUCACUUACGGUGUGAAGGACUGUGGCAUGAACUUCGAGUGGAACCUCUUUAACUUCACCUACCAGGACUGCUGCAACCUGGCUGUCGCUGUGAAGAUGUGCCAGAACUUGAAAGUUUUCGAGCUGACGCGAAGCAAAGUGGAUGAUGACAAGACCACGCUGCUGGUCCACAGCUUGCUGGAUCACCCCUGCCUGGUGGAGCUGAACUUGUCCCACAAUCUCAUCAGGGACAAGGGGGCACGAGCUAUUGCCAAGUUGAUCAAACACAGCAAAUUAGAAACCCUCGACCUGUGUAACAACCAGAUCCAUGACCUGGGGGCUCAGGCUCUUGCUCAAGCCCUGGCAGAGAGCUCCACCCUGACCUCUCUGAAUCUGCGCCUCAACUGUGUGGAGGACAAAGGUGGGGAGGCCAUCGGCCGUGCCCUGCUGACCAACGCCACCCUGCAGUCUCUUCACCUGGGAAGCAAUAAGCUGUCAGAGCCAACUGCUGCACUUUUCUCCCAGGUCCUGGCUCAGAACACCACCCUGACGAGCAUCAACUUCUCAUGCAACCACCUGGGGCUGGAUGGUGGGAAGCAGAUGCUGGAAGGGCUGGCAGGUAACAAGGUUCUGAUCGAGUUCGACCUCCGCAUGGCAGGGGUGGGCCAGGAGACCGAGUACCUUGUUCACCAGAUCCUGUGGGCCAACCGGGAAGCAGCAUGGCCGGAGUCCCUGCAGCAGUCCAGAGAGCAGUGAGCGUUGCAGGUGCACUGUUGGAGACGCUUUACCUCAGAGGCUUGUUUUCAUUUGUAUUUGUGAGAAACGUUCAACCUGUGGCUGCUGCCGCAGUCUUACCCAGAUCCCCACCAUCCA